AUGAAAUACAGACGUACAGCAAUACUAAAAAUCCACAACAGUUGGAUAAAGUCGCUGGAUAUAGAUCCUUACGAUGCAUUCCUUGCAUCUUCUUCUAUGGAUGGAACAACAGGAAUAGUGGAUAUAGAAACAAAACAGCUUUUGAUCACUAUCCCUUUGAAGGGAGUUUGUGAGGAUGCCAAAUUCAGCAAGACUCAGCCGUAUAUUUUUUGUGCUUUACUUGAUGGAUUGAUCAGGUCUUAUGACCUCGUGGAUAGAGAAUUUAUAAGAGAAUACUAUGGCCAUACGUCUUCUGUAUUGUGCUUGGACACAUAUGAUAAAAGAAUCUUCAGUGGGUCUUCCGACUGCACUGUAAGAGCUUGGGAUGUUAGAUCAAGAAAUAGCGUAUCGGUCAUGAAAGGCCAUAGGCUUCCUGUUACUCAUAUCAUGUUUAGAAAUGGACUUAUUUACAGCAGCUCUAUGGAUGGAAAUGUAUUUCUUUGGGAUGAGAGGAGUACCAAGACUCCAAUCGUAGGAUUUGCCUCUAGUGUAACCUCUAUGUGUAUGUGCGAUGAAACACUGUUCGUUUCGGUUGGGAAAAAAGUAUUUGAAUGUAAGGACAUUCCAUAUGAGGUUGGACUAAAGUCAAAUGCCUUGUCAUUGGAGAGCUAUAACAAUAACUAUUAUUUAAUCGGUAGUGAAAAGUAUGUUUUCAUGAAAUCAAAAGAGAUAAAUGACCCUGAUUACCAGUUUGGAAUAGAGGGGCCUGGAAACAUCGUUAAAGUUACGGCCAGCAAGGAAAGAAUAAUCGUUGCAGGAACGAGCAAAAAUAUAGAGUUUUUGGAAAAGGAUGAACAUGUUUAG